UUAAUCAAACAAUAAAAAAUGAAAUUUUUAAUAUUUUCACUUAUUAUUACUGUUGUUAGCGCAAGAAAUGGACAACCACUUCCAGGUUAUGUCUGUCCACAGGAGGACAUCGAUAGAACCGGUUGUCGCGGACCUAAAGACUGUUUGUAUCCGAAUCCGGCUGAUUGUCACUCAUUCAUACAGUGUAAUGAUGCGGGACUGGCCUACGAGAUGCCCUGCGCUCCAAUAGAUCUCGUCUAUAAUGAUACAAUUAAAGAGUGCGACUGGGAAUCAAACACACCGUGUCGUCCAACAACACCGAAACCCAGAACAACCAGAGUUCCUACAACUGAACCCCUGACUACUGAACCUCCAACUACUGAGACUCCAACUACUGAACCCCCGACUACUGAACCCCCGACUACUGAACCUCCAACUACUGAACCCCCGACUACUGAACCUCCAACUACUGAACCCCCGACUACACAACCGCCAACUACUCAACCUCCGACUACUCAACCCCCGACCACUCAACCUCCGACCACUCAACCCCCGACCACUCAACCUCCGACUACUCAACCCCCUACCACUCAACCUCCGACCACUCAACCCCCGACAACUCAACCUCCGACCACUCAACCCCCGACCACUCAACCCCCGACCACUCAACCUCCGACCACUCAACCCCCGACUACAGAACCUCCGACUACUAGAACUCCAACUACUUUAGAGCCAACCACCCAAACAACUCCAAAGCCAACUUCAGGACCGUUUGUUUGUUCAGUUGAAGACAUAGCACGAACCCAAUGCAAGGGACCAAUAGAUUGUUUGUAUCCCAAUCCUGAAAGCUGUACCACAUUUAUACAGUGCACUGUCAACGCUGAUGAACGUACCGGUACACCGGUGGUGAUGCCCUGUGCGGCAGAUCUCGAAUGGAACGACAAUACAAAACGGUGUGAUUAUAAAAACCAGUCUACCUGUCCUCGACAUUAAUAGACAUAGUAUUAAACAUUUAGAGUAGUCAUUAGGCAAUGAUUUUAAUAAAUACAAUUAAAUUGUUUUUGUUAAAAUUAAAAAUAGUAUAAAAUACACAUUAGUAAAUAA